AUUACAUUCAUAAAAGGUUCAACACUUGUGAAACGGUCAUUUAAACUGCGCGCAUCAGUCUAGGAUAUUAGGUUAUAAGCUGGUUGCAAUUUAAAAAAGGUAAGACAUUUUAGAAUUUAUUUUAUUUUUUUUCCUCAAAUAAGGCUGGCUAUCGAUGAUCGACAUGUCAAACUGGUCAAACCAGUCGCCUCGAUAGGUCUUAGAACGAAGAACCAGUUGUUAAGCUUUGCAUUGGACCGUCGUUCGAACGGUUGGUGCAGGCUCAUCAUCUGUGAAUUCUUUUUCUUGUUUGGGGAAAAUUUAGGUAAAAUUUUGAUGUGAUGUGAACUUGUAAGUUUUUAAAAGCUUAGUUUCGUGGAUGUUAACUUCCUUCGGCUCUGAUCUGUCGCCAUCUCUAGCCAAUGCACUGUCUGGGAAAAAUGUAGUUUUUGUACUGUGUACUUAAAGCUUAUAAGCUGUGCACCAUUAUUCUGUGGUUGCUGGAAUUGCAGGUUUAGCUUAAUAUAUCUUGGCAAUUCGUUAUUAAACUGAGAUGUUCGCAUCUCGCAUUAUGCAACGGCUGUCGCUUGAAUGUUGCACAAUAGGUGAACUGACCAGAUACGUUAGAGAAUAGUGUAGUCCAAAUAAGUUAAAGUUUUGGAAAAUUCCCUUGAGAACUUGCGUUUUAGCUUAGAAUUUAGAAAAGUUCUUUUAAUUCUAGGUUAAAUAAUUAUGAUUAUAUUGCUACAAGUUGAAGUUGUUCUGUGGCAGGCAUUAAAGCCCAGAAGCAAAAAAGCAACAAUAUGCUAAUUAAACGUCCAACAUGCAUUUGUUUGGGAGAGCAUGUUUGUGCGUUUUGCUGCCCCUCUCAACGCAUUUAAAUAUCCUUUCAGUGUUUGAUCUACAAAUCAAAUAUUUCCAUCGCACAUAUUGCAUCACACAAAAAAAAAUUCUUGUGUGUGUUUGUGUGGUCCCCCAUGUUUUGCUGGACAAAUACCGUGUGUUGGUGAAAAUGUUUGAUUUUCAGCCAUGGCUUAAGCCUUGGAAACCUUGACGUGCCAUGUGAUGACCACUAAGUGCUUCUGUGUAAUCGGGCUGCUAUGUCUUUCUAAUUGUGCUAAGUGAGAUAACAUAAGUGGCCUUUACAUUUUCAUCCUUGUCUGUUUAACCCUCUGACCCUGGAAGUUUUGCUGAAGAAUGCCAUUUGAAACUAGCUAAGCUGUUUUGUGGUCACUGUUAGGGCAUAGAUAUUAAAAGCUGCUCUGAAUAUUGCUUAAAAGUCUGGCACUAAGCUACAAUGAGGGACCAAAGUGUUGAGACACUUCCAUAAAAUGGCCCCUUUUUGAAUAGUGGACAUACUUAUCUACUCCCCCCAAAAUCAAUGUUUUAUUUUGGACCCUCUAGUCUUUCUUUCACUACAAACAACAUUGAUUCGGGGAUGGGCGGAUUUACGACAUUUAAACAGAAUGAAAAAAUAAAUGAAUGAAAUUAUUGAUAAAAGCACCCGUUUUAGUCAAGUUUGUCAACUACUUUUGUCGCUGAUUGUGUUUGGUGGUCAUGCGCCAAAGUUUACAAAGUUCCUUUAUCAGCUAGGGUUAAUGGUCUUUCUAAAGUCAAAUUGAGAUGAACAUUUACUAGAAAUAUUAUUUAUGCUCCGUAUUUAAGACAAUAUUCCUCUUUUCAACCCUGGUUGUCCUGGUGUGAACCACUGGGCAUCCUAAUUCGAUUGUGAUUUAGGCAUUACGGUUGGCCAGCCAUUUUGAUAAGACAAGUCGGAAUGGGGUCAGAUGACAACAAAAAUGGGAGUAUCUUGUACAUUGUGUAGUAUUUAAGCUGGCCAUGUCUUGAACAAACUGUCUUUAAUUGCUCCCUGGGUUUUGCAAAGGCACUUGAGACGUCAAGCAAAAAAACAAUGAUAAUCAUUGAAGGGCUGUAAUCAAAUCAUGUGGUUAAAAAUUUGCUUGACAAAUAAGUAUUAUGCAAAAAUGGAUUUCAUGUGAGAAAAAAUAUUCAUUGCACAUGCCCUGGUGAAAAACACAUUGGGAAAAUGUGUCUGUUCUUACAGGCAUCAUGUAGGCUUGUGAAUUAAGAAAUAUUGUCAGAGAAUAUUAUUAGAGUUUCAAGCUUUCAUCCUAAGUGUACAAAACUUGAAUAUUAAAGCAACUCUGGAAACUGUAUCAUUGUAGACAUUUUAGCUUUUUCGGUGGCCACCAUCGAGAUCAGAUAAAAUUUUCGUGUCAGACACGGUACUGCACAAAAAGGUUUUGCAUGUGUCUAAAAUUAGUGGGCACCAAACAAAAGUAAAAGUGCAACCUAAUUUCUUUUAUUUCAUCAUUCAAUGGAGUUUACAUUGUGUACAUUAAUGUGCCAGGUAGACAACGUUUUGAGAAAUUUGAAGGCUCUUUUUGCUGAUGGAGGUCCAUUUGCUGCAGAAAAAGUUACUGAAACUUGACAAAAAUAUGAAUCAAUUCUAUGGAAGGAAACUGUUUCAGAAAAAUACUUCAGCAGCUUACCUGAGGAUCAGUGUACUUGGAACAGUUUAAAACACUCAAAAAAUGAAGUACAGUAAAAACCUGGUUUAAGAACCUAAGUUUUUCCAAGCUACGCUAAGAAAUUUUAUGUUCUCUUAAAAAUGGUGCUAACUGGAAAAUUAGGUUAAUUUGGUUCUUAAACAGUUUCUUAUUUGUAAAAACAGACAAGGUGUUUGCCAUUGGUGGGUGUGGUCUUUUUUGGCCUAUUUUUGGUGUUGCAUACAUAUAAAAAUCUUUUAAAUCCAAGCAUUUUAAAGCCAUUUAUGAAGUUUAUACAAACCUAUGCAAGUUCAAUAGAACAACAACGACAUUAAAACAUUGUACUGUGUUGCUACUGGGCAAAACAUAUUACUGAAUUUCUCAAAAUAAGAACCUGUUUUAAAAUUGUAGGCUAAAACAGGUUUCUUAUGUAAAAGGGGUCUAAAUGGACAAUCUUAGCCUAACAGGUUCUUAAAAUGUAGGUUCCUAUACAGGGUUUAUUCUAGAAAUUGGCUAAUGAGGGUCAAAUGGGCCCCCUUCUGUAAUUUUAGGGGGCCUUUUUUCAAGAAAGGGGUCCAAGAAAGGGGGUCCCCCAAAAGGUAUUUAAACUUAUUAGGACUGUUCCAUGAGAAACAAACGUUUGAAAGUAUCAUUUACGGACUUGUACUGAACAUGACGUUAAAAUGACUCUAAUGCUUUAAUGUAAGUGAAAAGAUUCUUUCAAAAAAAUAGUAGUUAUCUGUGGGUGUCUUUUUUUUUGUGCCCAUUUGAGGCGGCAACGUAAACUUUAUGCGGCAUUUUUUUGCAAAUUGCAGAAGUCCCGCAUGGCCGUGCUCUAGAGUAAACCCCUUUAUAUGCAGGCUUUUACUUUAGCGGUAAUCAAUGUGGUCAGCAGCAGUAUAACCCUUACACCAAGCGUGUUUUUUUUAUUUUUUAUUGUUAAUGGUGACCAAUAUUUUAUGUCUGGUGACCAUUUUAUAAUGUUAGGUCGCCAUUGAUAAAAAUUGUGUUUGGCGGACUGCUUUUUUUCUUGAUCACCAACAUGGCCAACAUGACAUCAUGUGCAAACCAGCAAUAUUCCCAGUAGAACUACCGUGUAUGGAAAUCUAGAAACCAAGCGUAAAGUUGCUCCCGUUCUGGCACAUAACUUGAAAGAGAGACAAACACCUACAAAUUACACAAACUUUUAUGCUUUGCCCUGUAGGGCAUAAGACUAGCAUUUCUGUCAUUGCAUUUGUGUUUCAUUGACCCAUUGCAUUUGAGUGCAAUUGCAGUACAGGUAUCUUGUUGUGGAGACUUAUUGAUUUUGUUUUAUUUUAUAAAAGUCUUAUCAACCAUAUCCCAAGAAAUUAUAAUGAUAAUUCCAGUUACUUUGCUGCCAAAUUGAGGAGUGCAUGUAAAAAGGCCCUUAUAAAGUGACUAGUUCUCCCUUAAUUUUUUUAAUAGGCAUGUUUAAGGUUAUUGGAAAGAGUGGCUAGUUUUCAAUACAUUUUUGUCAUGUUCUUCCUUUUAGUUGCUGCUACUACUGCAUUGAUAAAUCAUGGGGCUUGGUCGUCAGGAUACUGCGCCCGCCUUGGAGCUCCUUAACUGCAUGAAUAGUGAAAGACUCAGAGGCUCCAAGCCUAACACUCCUUCUGUACCCUCAUCACCUCUGACGCUGAUUGAGAAAAUCCACCAAAAGAUUGCUGCAAAUGAAAAAUUCUUUAGCCUGGAAUUCUUUCCACCAAGAACGCCUAAUGGAGCAGUGAACUUGAUUGCCAAGUUUGAUCGCAUUGCUAUGGGCUGUCCAUUGUUCUGUGAUGUGACAUGGCAUCCUGCAGGAGAUCCUGGUGGUGAUAAAGAGACCAGUUCAAUAACAAUAGCAAGUGCAGCUCUUAAUUACUGUGGCCUUGAGACAAUGCUACACAUAACCUGCGCAAACACAGUGAAAGCUACAGUGACAAAGCAUUUGAUGAAGGCCAAAUCUCUUGGAAUCAGGAAUGUCCUUGCCCUCCGUGGUGGUACGAAUGUAUUACUUGUUUUAUAAGUAAAGCCUGAAUUAGUGAGGGCUCUUGUUAAAAUAUUUAAGUACAUGUAGGUCAUUAAUCUUGAGAGGACGUUCAAAACUUUGUACGGAUUAUUGAAGCAAUGCAGAAAAAUCCUUAAGGCGUAAGGUACCCCAUUGUUUUGGGAGUGCACAUGAUGUAUUUACACUUUUUUGUUUAAUUCAUUCUGAGUUACCUUAUAUGACCUAAUAGACACCCUCUCUCAAAUAAACGCCUCUUGUCCGCUAAUGAAUGCCCCCUACACUUUUUUAAGUUUGCAUUAGACAGUCCUUUCUAGUAAAUGCCCCCUGUCCAAGGCUGUGCUCUAGGGAAAAUUGAAAGGAACCCAGUGCUCUAAAACUGUAAAAUCUAGGGUGCCUAGCAUAUGGUUGUAUAUAAAAAAUAAGAUUUCCUAGUCGCCCAAUAGCAAAAGUUAGGCACCAGGUGCCACCAGGCUCUUUAUUCAGUUUCUUGCAAAAUGUAAUGUGCAUUGCAUCUCCUUCAAUGUCAAGUUCAAAGCAAAGGAUUCUGACAUUUCAUUGCGUCAAUGGAUGGACUAGAUAGUCUACUGUGAAUAUAUAAUUAUUUGCAAAAAAGCAUAUACUGCAAGUAUAUUUAAGAGUUUGUUGCAUUUGUGAGAAUAAACAGUAAGAUUUCAAGUUGCUGGGUGAAUACAACAAGUAGGCGGGGAAUCAAAUGGCGAGGGAUUUCUUUUGGUUUUAUUUUUUCUAUUUUCCUAUGAAAGUAGCCGGGGGCCACAUUCAUAGUAGCCACGGGAAAUCCCCCCCCCCCGCACUUUUGCUCAUAAUGACAGCCCUGAUAAACAUUUCUGUUUUGUAAAUGCCUCUUAUCCAUAAAAUUUCUUCCCCCAUCUGGCUCGCUAAAUCAAAAUAGAAACCCUGGGUGUCUAUUAGGUUAUUUAGGUUACAUUAUAAAAUGUGGGGUGACAAAGUGAUAUAGGUCUUGUGCCAGUGCUGUUGCUUGGGUCAUGGAUAUAUUGACAUCCUGGUUUUAAAGUUUUCUUCUUUUUUUAAAUUUCUAUGUUCUGUUACAGAUCCUCCUCAUGGCGAUGAGUGGCAGGCAUUAGAUGAUGGUUUGGCCUAUGGUACAGACAUGGUUAAUCACAUACGACAGGAAUUUGGUGAAACUUUUACCACAUGUGUUGCUGGUAAGUAACAUUUAAGUUACAAGGAGAAGGCAAGUUUUAACCCUAAAAUGUUUUUUUGCUUAUUAUUUACAACUUGUAUUUCAGGUUACCCAAAUGGCCAUCCAGAUUGCUCCAGCUAUGAGGAGGAUAUACAACAUCUAAAGGAGAAAGUUGAUGCUGGGGCAGAUUUUAUCAUCACUCAGCUGUUCUUUGAAAACAAGACAUUCUUCAAAUUUUUAAAAGAUUGCAGAGCAGCUGGUAUCACUGUACCAAUCAUCCCUGGCAUUAUGCCUAUUCAGGUGAGUAUUGUUUCCUAUGAUAUCACAUGUGUGUCUUGAUUUAAAGAGAGCUGACAAGGAAUCUGUAGUCCAAGCUUACCAAAUACCAGCAUCAGUAUCACUGAGGGGCAUUUUAUUGAGAGGUUCCUGUUUUUAUCCUUUCCUUUGUAGGGUUAUGCUUCAUUACGCCAUCUUGUCAAACUGUCGAGGUUAGAAGUUCCGCAAUGGAUUGUUGAUGCCAUUGAACCGAUAAAGGAUGAUGAUGAGGCCAUUCGUAAAUAUGGUGUUCAGCUAGGAAUUGAAAUGGCAAGGGAACUAUUAGCAUGUGAAGACGUUCCUGGGUUGCACUUUUAUACCCUGAAUCGUGAAGUUGCCACAAAAGAGAUUCUCACUGCCCUAGACUUAUGGUGCCAAGACCCUGCUGCAAGCAGACCAUUGCCAUGGAAACCAUCAGCAAACAAGAAAAGGCUUUGUGAAGAUGUGCGACCCAUCUUUUGGGCAUCACGGCCAAAGAGUUAUAUGUACCGCACAUCAGAUUGGGAUGAAUUUCCCAAUGGGAGAUGGGGAAACUCUUCUUCACCAUCAUUUGGUGAUCUAACUGACCAUCACUUAUUCUACUUGAGAAGUAGAACAAAAAAAGAGGACUUGUUGAAAAUGUGGGGACAGGAGCUUACCUGCAUGGAAGAUGUGUUUGAAGUGUUCAAAUGUUACAUCUCUGGAGAAAACAACAAAGCUGGUGUGAAGGUAAUCAAUUGAUUAUUAUUGAUUCUUCUUCACAGGGUGCAAAGAUUUGUCAGUUUUACAGCUUGCCAUUUGGGCAAGUUGUAGCUAGCAUGUACUAGCCCACAAGUCAUUUCAACUAGCCUCAAUUAGACCCUUUUUGAUUAGCAGGAUUGAUUACAAUCUGUAAUCUUUCUAUAAUUUGAAUUUCCCCAAAAAACAGCACUUGCCCAUCAGGCAAGGGAAGAACAAAAAUCACUAGCCCGAUAGCAAAAUCCACUAGCCUCGGGCUAUCAGACAUGACUUUCUUUGCACACUGACUUCAUCUUGUAUCUUGUGGUAAAGCUUGUUUGAAGAAUCUCAUGGGUUCUCCUUGUGAAACAUUUUAUUAAUUUAAUUGAUUACUGGUUAAACUGGAGCUGCAUUUUAAGCCUAAGAUUUUGUAGAGCGUAUUCACUCACGUGGCCAGCUAAUUUAUACAAUCAAGAGAAAGUUUUUACAUGACAAAAAAGUUAAAUUCCCAUGGGGUUGUCUUGGUACACCAACAUGGCCACUGUUUCAUUGUUUUGAAACACCAGUAUGGCCACUGAGCCGUCAUGUGAAUACGCUCUAUAUUUCAGGCUUAUUUUUUUUCUUAUGCAGGUGAAAUCCCUUCCUUGGAAUGAAGACACUAUAGCUUCAGAAACAUCAUUAAUUCAGGAAAACCUUGUGUUUUUGAACAGUAAAGGAAUCCUAACAAUCAACAGUCAGCCUCACGUCAAUGGUGCACCUUCCACUGAUUCUACGCAUGGCUGGGGAGGCAGUGGAGGAUAUAUUUACCAGAAAGUAAGCAUACAAAACACAACAACAAAUUCCUCCCCAACAGUUUUCACAGUCAGUCCUUGUUACCACAAAAUAGCAAUGCAUCACUGCAUUUCCACUGUUAAAUUGUGCAUUAAUGAAAGAACAGCUUUGAAUAGGUACUAUAAAUAACAAAAAUCAAUGCACGCAGCAUUAUUCUUGUUCCUAUCGUCAGCACCACACACUCUGCCUUUUGUACUGCACGAGUUCCUUAUUUUAUUACACACCCUUUCAUUUUCCAACGAACUAAUACAUAGACUGGUAUUGAAUGUGAAAGAGUGUAAUGACUGUAAUAUGUACAUUUUUUCAAGGAAAUGGUGACCCUAUAAGACUGUUAAAUUUUUGCAAUGUUGUCUCACCCAGAAUUGCAUUUAUUCUGUGGCAGGCAUAUCUAGAGUUCUUCACCUGUAGAGAAGUUGUUGAUAUUCUCCUUGAAGUGUUGAAGGAAUAUCCGCAAGUCAAUUAUCAUGUAGUGAACAGGGAGGUAAGAUGCCAUCCAGUGUUUUUAUGAAGGUUUUUCUCUCAGCAUCGUUUAUACGGUAAUAAGAAAAGUAUGUUGAUGUUCUGCACAUGUACAUGUAACUUUGAGCAUGAGAUAUGUUCUUCUAGAGAAAAUUAAUGGCAGGUAAUAGAGAAAUAAAAGAAGUCAAGUUACUGUUUAACCCAUCCAUGUUCAAAUUCUCCAGACUGAUCUCCUUCAAGGUUGUGCUCUUAGGACAAUAAUUAAUAGGAGCCCAGUGUGCUGAACCUGUAAAAUGUAGGGUGCCCAGCAUAUGAAAAUAAGAUUUUCUAGUUAAAUGAUAGCAAACGUUAGGUGCCAGGGGCCACAAGCCUCUGUUAAUAUUUAUUAGAGCACACUCCUCAGUACUUAAAAUUUGUUAAAGAAAACAUCAAAGUAUUUUCUCAUUAUGUAGUGAUAAUUUUAUGAAUUUCGCAUAACCUUUUCUCUUGCUGCUGUAUGGAUUUUUUAGGAGAAUGUUUAUGUUAGUCACUAUUGGGACUCAGAGAGUCAAUUGAUUUAAAAACCCUUUUCUGGGGAGGGACAUUCUGCAGAUAAAGUUGUUGCCAAGUUCAAAUGCAACAUAACUUCAUGUCAUGUGUCUCGUGGGAAUUAUUUGAGUGAAAUUAACCUCCGCCGCAGGUGUUAGUAAAUAUUAUGGGCACAAGAAAGAAAGUUCUGUUUCAAAGUCUAUCUUUUCAUUUAUAGGGUUCAGUAAAUGUAACAAAUGCUGACAAGUUUUCACCUAUUGCCGUCACAUGGGGUGUCUUCCCUGGAAAGGAAAUUGCUCAGCCUACUGUUGUUGAUCCUAUCAGCUUUGAGUCCUGGAAGGUUUGUAGUCUGUAUUAGCUGGUUGCUUUUCUUUUGAGUGUUGUGGUUGCUUUGGUUUCUGUGCUGCAAUGAUAGCUAAUGAUAGUGAUGGCAAAAAAAUUCUUCUGUCGCUACAGUUGAUCCUAGUUUCAAAUAGUUUAGACUGUUCACUGUCCCAUAUUUUUUGGUUAGGUCGUUGGAGGACUCUGGAUAACAAUGACCUUUAACCAGGUUGGUGUCCAUGGAAUUGGGUGGGGUGCUCAGUCGCGCGAGCUCAUAAAAUCUGGUCUUGGUCUCUGUUAUUUAGGAGUUUCAAGGUCGUCGAGAUCAAAGCACUUACUCUUACGGUCGGCCAUCUUGGUUUUAAAUGUGCCGAGUUUACUUAGGGGGCGGGGGACGGUAUGGAAAGAGGCCUCCCUCCCCCACCGCUAAAAAAUCCGGGUCCCAGCCCCUCGGUAGGUUUGAAACCAAGAUGGCCAGUAAAUCGUAAACGCUCAAUGCCAACGAUCGUAGGGACCAUUCAUUAUUUAUGCCAGGGGGUGGGCCGGUAAGAUCCAUCAGAAAGCACAACAAAACCCCCACCGAAAAAAAAAAAUCUAAAUUUUUUUAUUUUUUUAUUUUUUAACGGAUUUAAGACAUUUAAACUCUCACUAAAAGGUAAGGAGAACAGUAACAUCCAACCAAUCACCGCUCUUGUUUCCUAACAAACAGGUUUAGAAAUCACGCAAACACCUCUAAGGCAAGAGCAAUAAGUGAACACUGUAAGAAAGGAUAUCAGACAAUGAGUCUAGUAAUUCCGUAGAAGGAAGUGACUGCCAGCUUGACCUUGUUGUUGCACAUUGUAGUAGUGGGAACUCCUCAGGGACCAAAACUGUGCGAGGAAGACAUGGUACCGGUUGCACAGUUACCACGCCAAUCUCGUUUUGGACGUAAUAUUGGGACAUGUCAUUUGCAACCAUGAACUGUUGGCCUAUGUUAGAGGCUUGCAAACCACUAAUACCGGCUAGUUCCGGGAGCUCUCGGAAAGCAUUUGAUUGAAAAUAAAACAAAAUAAAAUAUCAGGUAGACCCUCCUCGUUGUGUGCAGAUUUCCUGAUGACCCCCCCUCUAACUGUCUUGAGUUCGACGUGACCCACCCCUCAUUCUUGCCAGCCCACCCCCUGGCAUAAAUAAUGAAUUGUCCCUUACGGAAAAAUUGGGUAACUUUGAGCAGUCUACACAUAGUUGGGUUUGUGUAGUUGAAAGUCCUUGGAAUUGAAUCAUUUCAUCUUCGCUUUUGUUUGUGUUUUCAUUCAGGACGAGGCAUUCGAUCUUUGGCAGCAGCAGUGGGGCCGGCUUUACCCGGAUGGUUCAGCAUCAAAACUUGUCAUAGAAAGCAUUUAUAAAAAUUACUAUCUGGUCAACCUUGUGGACAAUGACUUUAUCAAGGGAAAUUGCCUGUGGGAAGCUCUAGAGAAUACAGUGCGUUGGCGAGAGUUGCAACAAAACAACCGUGCAAGCGAUCAUAAACAACAAGAAGCUGUACAAUAAAAUUCACAAUAUUUGAAACUUGGAAGAAUAUGGAUAUCAGUGGUUCUGGUGAACAAAUGCACUUUCGGUGUAAAGGAAAGUCAGAAAAAUGUGACGGUACACCUUGAUGAACGUGAAAGAAAAAGAUGCCGGCAAAGUGUGAUUAUAAUGUACGAUCCUCAAGAGGGAUAUUAACAUGGAAAUUGUACUGAUCUCGCUAUAAGAAGACAACUGAUUUUUGUUGGUUGAGUAGUUUAUAAAUGUCUACAGUCCAACGUAACAUGUACAUGGCAUUUAUUUAGACUUGCCAAACUCUGUUGAUAACCGUCAGUAAUUUAUACAAACACAACUUGCGCGAGUCCAAAUUUUAACUUAAGAGAAAUAUAUCUAUUGAAACUUUCUGUCGGAAAAAUAGAAAAAAGGUACGAAAAAGUAUUUAUUUAUCGGUCUUUAAAACUAACAGAGGUGGAAAAACGCAACACAUUUCCAAGUGAUCAACUCCCAGAGUCUUCAUGUUUCUGUAAAGUUGAAUCUCGGUCUGCGAGUUCUUGCAGUUUUUCGUCGGGGGAGACAAAAGUUACUGCUACUAUUGAAUUCUUGGCCCGCGAAUACAGAUAUCUCUCCUUGCUCCUGGCCCCUAGUUUUCUGUUGUCAUUUCAUAGCUAAAUUUAAAUUUAAAUGCGACCUUCGCAAGGUAUUCGCGUGAAUAUUCUUUCGAAACAAAUUUCAAAUGUGAUGUGUUUGGUGCCUCUUUUGGGAACACCAGCCUUUUAAAUCGCCUGUGGACUCUGGGUAUGAGGUCUAGAUAAACCACACACAAGUCGCAAUUUGUCGAUUCUCUCUCACGGAAAGCUAGCUGUGGAAAUGUUGGCUCCUGAAUCUUUUAACGGAGUCUUGUCGUUUUUCGCCGAUGAUUUGUGAAUAUAAAAUUAUAUUUUUAUCGUCAUUUGAAUGAUACCCGUGGGUGAAAAUUAAUGAAACAUUGUGUACAUUUUUUUUACGGUAUCGGGGAACCUAGAACGUCGGGACUUAAAUUAAAACGUCCUUAUCGAAGAUAUAUAUUGGCGUAUUCUUGUACAGUACUUUGGGUAGUUAAUUAUGUGACGGAGAGGUCCCUCCAACAAGGUUUCAAAUUUACCGGCGCGGGGGCGGGCGUGGCUAAACUUGAUAUAUUUGAAACCAAAAUAGCCGCCCAACCCCCCGUAACGGUGAGCGCGCUCGAUCUCCGGGAUCUUACGGGAAGUAGGUGUGCAAGACUUACCAAGCUUUUUGGAGUACUUUGCACGUAGUCGUGUGACCUACCACUCAACUAUAAUCAACGGUCACUUGGUCCCUGAAUCGUAGGAACUCGUUACUAUUUAAGCGGACACAUUUUUGCAAGGUCCUU